AUGUCGCAAUCUGUGAUCAUAAUCGCGUGUGGGAUCGCUGGGUCAGUGCUCGCGAUGCUAUUGAAGCACAAAGGCUUCAGUCCUAUCAUCUAUGAGCGCCAUGCCGAAAUUCAGCAGGCUGGAAUCUCCCUUGGUCUCUCGCCGCAGACCUUCAAGGUCCUUAAUAUCCUCGGCCUGGCAGAGAAGCUCAUUACCCUUGGUGUACCACUUGACGAGUUUGUUACGUGGUCCGAGCUGCGCGGAGAAAUCAUCGGCCGCAAGGACGCGCCCGCAAACGCUCUCAAAUGGUUAGGCUGGCCCCAGAUAACUAUUUCUCGUUCGACAUAUGCGCGCUUCUUGUACGACUCCGCAGUAGAACGCAGCGUGGAGAUGCACUUCAGCAAGAAGUUGGUCGAUGUGAAACAGGAUGGUGACAAGGUGCAUGCGGUGUUUGAAGAUGGUACAGAAGCUCAGGGGGAUUUGCUGGUGGGCUGUGACGGGCUGCAUAGCGCGGUCAGGAAUGUCCUCUUCGGAAAAGAGGAAGUGAAAUAUUCCGGCCUCAUUCAGGUCGGCGGAUUCGCUCCCAUCCCCGAUGCCUUCAAAUCCGCAAAGUCUAUAUUCUACCAAGUGUUUGGUGAGGGUGCACACUUUCUCGCCUCACGAGUCUCCGAUACGCAGGUUGCGUGGGCCACUACUAUACCCCAGCCGACUGAAACACAGGAGGACUGGCGUCGGAUGAGCCUUGCUGAAACCAAGGAGAUGGUCAAGCAUCUGCAAGUCUCCACUUGGAACCAUGGCCCAAGCGAAUUGGUCAACAGCGCCACAUUCGUGACGAGAUAUGGGCUGUACGAACGCCCUAUCCUUCCUGUUUGGCACAAAGGGCGCGUGGUGCUCGUGGGAGAUGCGGCUCAUCCCACCGGCCCCCAUAUGGGGCAGGGCUCAAACCAGGCGAUGGAAGAUUGUUAUCAUAUUGUUCGUCUACUUUGUAAAGCCGAGUCAUGGACCAACACCACACUGGAAGCCGCCUUUACGGAAUACGAGCGUAUUCGCAUCCCGAUCGUCACCAAAUCGGUUGGACAGGCGAAGAUACAGGGCGCCCAUCGUGUCUUAAUCGGCAGAGAUGCGUGCGAAAAAAGUGAUGAGAUGCUCAAGCAAGGCGGAGGAUACGAUCCCGAAAGCAUGAAAGUGCAGCUUGAACUUGUGCAGGGCCCGUUCACUGGCGAGAGUGAGAUUUAA